UUAUUCUUAUUAGCUAAGGUCUUUUGUUAUUUACUAUUUUGUAAAUAAACAAGGACGACUUUUGUUGUGGAUGGAGACUCAAUUUCAAUAGAUGGUCAAAUUCAGUACACAGUCCAAAUUUUUUAACUACAACCAGUGGACACCCGAAUUUGUUAUAGGGUUUAUUUAUUGAGAAAUGAUAUAGGUACAUAAUAUUAUACAUAGAAACGUACAUAAUAUUUACAGUAGGUCCUACUAAAAAUAACAAAUCAGGUGAGUGUUAUGUACAAUUAUGUACAUUUAUUAUGUAUUUAUAUCAUUUUUCUUAUUUAUUAUACACCGACCGACUUUGAACGUCAUUUUCUUUAUUCCCAUUGCGUGCCCAACUUGUAUCACUGUCAUCCAUUGCCUGCUUUUGCCUAACUUGUCGUCCUUUCCCUGCCUCACAACAAUAAAAUCACCCACAAAUUACACAUUAUUCACCCAAAACCCCAACUUUCGCCACCGUCCUUCACCGCCGUCAGCCAUGGUCAAACAAGUACAAACCGACCUCUCUCCCGUCCUCAAGCUCUACACCGACGGCACAGUCGAGCGUCUCUUCGGCUCCGCCCACGUCCCGCCGUCACCGGAGGACGCCUCCACCGGCGUCUCCUCCAAGGACACCGUCAUUUCUCCGGAGGUUUCUGCCAGAAUCUACCUGCCGAGGAUCGCCGGCGGCCGCCGGAAGAUCCCGAUCUUGGUGUACUACCACGGGGGCGGAUUCUGUCUGGAGUCCGCCUUCUCCUUUCUCGACCACCGCUACAUCAACCUUGUGUCCGCCGCCGCCGGAGCACUGGUGGUCUCCGUCGAGUACCGCCUGGCCCCCGAGCACCCCCUGCCGGCGGCGUUCAUUGACUCGUGGGAAGCCCUAAAAUGGGUUUGCUCGCACGGGGCUCAUAGUGACGAAAAUACCCAUUUCGAAAAGGACGAGUGGAUCAACGACCACGGGGACCUCAACCAGAUCUUCGUCGGCGGCGACAGUGCCGGCGGGACCAUAGCUCACAACAUCGCCCUGCGAGCCGGGUCGGUUCCCCUGCCCGGAAACGCCAAAGUCGCCGGCGCAAUCCUUUCGCACCCGUAUUUCUGGGGAUCCGACCCGAUUGGAAACGAACCGAAAGAGGGCAUCGAAGAGACCUUACUCUACAGGCUGUGGAUGUUCGCGCACCCGACGGCCGCCGGAGGGAUCGACAACCCGCUGAUCAACCCGCUUGCCGACCCGGCCAUAUCCGGGCUGGGAUGCUCCAAACUGAUGGUCAGCCUGUCGGAGAAGGACCAGCUGGCGGCGAGGGGUUUGGCCUACGUGGAGAAGGUGAAGGAGAGCGGGUGGAAAGGCGAGAUUGAGGUGGUGGUGGUUGACGGCGAAGACCAUUGCUUUCAGAUUUUCGAUCCGGAAACUGAGAAGGCCAAGGAUCUGAUUUGCCGCAUCGCGAAUUUCAUUUCAGGGAGUGGGAAUUAGGGUUUCCGAUUUGGGGAAUAAUAAAUUGAAAUGCUCCACCAUUUAGUUCGUUCCUGUUUUGAGUUUGUGCUGCUGGGAUUGUAUUAUUUUCCUUUGUUUUAUGAUAAUUAUUAACGGGUAAAUUUCACUUUUGGUACCCAUUGGACAUUUUAAAUUUACUGUAUUAGGUUUUGUUCACUUUCAAGUUAAAACUAAGCAAGCUCUAUGAGUUCGAGUUCUUGUGGAUGCAGAAAACUCUUGUUGAGAGACUCACCCACCACUUACAGGUGUGCGACCCGAGUCGAUCAACGGAUUAGUCGGGGCAUAGUUUCG